AUGUCUGGCGACGACCAGACGACUGCUUCUAGUCGCCGCAGCACCGCAACACCAGCAGCGCAGCAGAGAACCAGAGACGCCGGUACGGACGCAGCAGCAGCAUCGGCAGUCGAAGCAACAUCCACCACCGACGAGGCCGUUUUGGGCUCAGCAGCCGUCCUAACAUGUGAAUGUUCGCAUGCGCGCGUCUCGCCACACAAGCCCCCUCCGCUGGACCCCCAUGGGCUGGCGGAAUUUCCAAGCGACUCCCCCCUGCCCUUCGCCCCGCACCUGCGCCUCCUCUGGCGCGCGCUGCAGCAGCAGCCGGGCUUUAAGCCCCUGCCGCUGUCCCCUCACCUGGCUUUCAGGGAGGGCGCGGGGAGGGGCGCGGGCAGGCGGGGAGGGCGGAGUGGGGACGGGAGGGGGGGUGGGGAAGGAGGUAGCGGUGGAGGGAGAGGGGAGGGGGAGCGGGGAAGGGGGGGUGGUGAGCAGGGGGAGGGGGGUGCGCGGGGAGGGGAGGAGGAGAGGCCAGGUGUGAGGAACUGGUUGGUGGAGACGGCAGUGCUGCGGCGGGUGCGGGUGUCGUAUGUGGACUGUGGGGCCAAGGUGCAGGCGCUCACUGCUCUCUGCUACCCUCGCUUCAGGUGCGACCUGCCUCUACUGGCAGUGGAGCUGCUGUGUUUCAACUCCUCCCGCCUGCUCGCCUUCGUUGACCUGCACCCCACGUCGCCCCACCAACUGCACCGCCUCACCCAGGGAAACCUCCUCCCGCCCACAGUAACUACCCGUCUGAACACUGUUCGCCCGCAGCACGCCCAUCUGCUCACGCCCAUGACGGCGCGCUUCUUCGCCUCUGACUCACACUUCUUCUCCCCACACCUGCUGCUCUACCGCUCUCAGGACGGCUGGGCCGAUGCCAACCUGCAGCAUGCUACUCUUUGUUCCUCGCACUUCUUCUCCCCCCACCUGCUGCUCUACCGCUCACAGGCAGGGUGGGCCGAUGCCAACCUCCAGCCGCCCACAGGUAGUGUGUGGCAGCUCCUCACCGAGUACAUCACAGCCUACCACGACGCCUGCAUGGCAUGCCAUGGGGGGGCAGCACCACCCACACAGGCAGAGUGCCAUGCAGCAGAGGAGGGGCAGAGGGCGUUUGAUGAGUACUUUGAGCGCCACGACCCCGCCGUGAACAUGCUGGGCCAGCUGUUUGGGGAGCAGGUGAGUCUUGUUGGUGAGGUGAGGCUGUUCGGGGAGGAGGUGAGGCUCUUGUGCUGUCGCUGCUGGGGUAUGUCUGGGGAGGAGGUGAGGGCGUUCAAUGAGUACUUUGAGCAGCACGACCCCGCCGUGAACAUGCUGGGGCAGCUGUUUGGGGAGAAGCCCUCAUCACCAUCUCCAUCUUCUGUCGCUGCUCCCAUCCCCUUGUUCUCACUUCACUGCUCUCCCCACUCUCUCACACUCAAAUUCACCCUCAACCGCUCUCCGUCACUCACUUUUUCACUACUUCCUCCCUCCUACCCCUCCCCACCCCUUCAGUGGACACAAGCGUACACCAACCGCUUCCUCUUCCCCCUCGCUGCUCCCCGUCGCUCCACCGCACCUCCCCCCUCCUCUCCCUCCUUCCUCUCUGUUUCCGCAAGCCCCAUCCCUCCUUCCUCCUCGCAUUCCCUCUAG